AAAGCAGCCGUGACGCCAUAACUCCACCAGUGCUGAGCGGUGCUGUUACCGGCGGCGUGAGGACCGCUUGUGUUUGUCCGGACCCCUCAAUGUCGGACCGGUUUCAUGUUACCCUGUAAUACAGUUCUGAAUAUUCGCGUGGGGGUUUUGAAUGGCACGGAUCAGGUAACAGGGCUGAAAAUAUGAGUUUCCUGAUGCACCUUUGACAUCAAAGGCUUUGAGUUUUGGAACAUGGAGACAGUUUUCAUGCCUCAUUCAGCAGCAUGAUUGGAGCAUCCAGUCUCUCAGGGGACACCCUGAUAGCGUGCCACUUCCCUGUGGUUCAGCUUCCCACUUGGCAACUUCCUGUCCAGGCUUUGUGCAGUUCGGCCAAGAGGCCCGGCCGCCUGUGCUCAGUGGGUCUGACCCGAGCUGUGUCCCUCCCAGAGCAAGACACGCUGAACCGAGAGCACGUCUUCACCGGCGGCCGAAAACAUUUUUCGAGCAGUUACUGUAGUCUCAAUGAGGAUCGGGCGGAGGAGGAGGGGGGCAGUGACAGCAGCGGGAGGUACGACUCCACCUCGUCACCGGAGGAGACCAGCUCCCAUCUGAAGAAGGAAAGCUCUGGAGCCAGAGGCAGCCUGCGGUCCCAUAACUCAUUCCUUCCCACCACAGAACUAGAUGAGGAGGAGGAAGAUGAGGAUAGCGAUGGAGGUAAUCUGCACAGAUAUCACGAGGACUCAUCUUUUGUGCUGCAUGGAAAUUCUAACUGGCCUCUAAGUAAUGGUGCCAGAAAUUAUACAGUAUCCCACGGGGAUGGGGGUAGUGAAUGGGGCAACGAAGGCACCAUACUGGGUAGUGAGAGUGACCAAGAGUGGCUCUCUAACCAGCUGGACUCACUGCAGACUGAAUGCCAGUGCUUUCAUGUGAGUAGAUCUGGCAUCAUAGCUUAUGUAGAGCAGGACUCAGACAGACUGAAGGAUAACAUGUCCUGCUGUGUCCACAGCCAACACAAAUGUUCCCCAGAGCUGUUCUCCAACAGUCACGCAGAGUAUGUGAGCGACUCUUCCUGUAACAGCUCUGACGGCGUCCUGGUUAACUUCUGCACUAUCUAUAACAGAAGCAACAACCCUGCCACGCCUCAGGACCUCAGCAGUCCUGCAGUUCACCCCUCUCAGUCAUCUGAAGGAUCUGUGUUCCUCAACCUCCAACCUGUUCCCAAAACUCCAGCCGAGGACGUCCAACACGAUGACGCGACUCCCCCAAAACAGGAGGAUGACAUGACGCCAUCUGCUUCCUGCUGGUCUCCUCAGGGCCUCGACUCUAACUGCAAUCUUUACUCUCAGGAGCCGUUACCCCCGGGUCUCUCCUCGCUGGAGGUGUCAGACCUGACUGCCUGUCUCCAAAGCCAAGCCACAUUAGCCACGGGGACCAACCAGAAGUACUACAAGCUUGUGACUUGUGACCUGUCCUCUCAGUCGCCCAGCCCGGCCUGUUCCAGCCACACCAGCUGCCCUGAGGGUCCGAGCAGAAGUAGCACCUUUCCUCCCUCUGACUUUGUUGAUCAACCCAAAGAAGUCAAGAAGGAGAAAGAGGAUCAACAAAAGGAAAAGAGGUUCUCCUCUGCACACUGCUCUCAGUUUCAGAACUAUGAUUAUCAAGUUGCCACCACCUCCACUGAGAAAGCCCUCUGUAGGAAGAAACAUAUAGACAGCAUCCAAAGCUUCUCCCACACACCAUGUUCGCUGUGCCCCAGCGAUUGUAGCCCACAUAGCAGUAAAUGCCAAGGCACAAGCAUUGCAUCCACACAGCCAUCUGUGAUUGUGGACCAGGAGCACUGUGAUACUGAAGCUACAGAGAAGGGAGCAUGUUCAUUGGAAAGUGCAGUGGUGCGCUACAGUAAAGCCCAGAGACCAACCUCGCUGCCCAUUCAGCCUUUUGUCCUGGUCCCCACAGACAAACCCCAGACCCAACACUUGGGCUGUCUCUUGGAGCAGUACAUGACUCAAAAGAGCAGCAAGUCUGGUAGCUCCCAACCAGGGUUCAAGUUCAAGGGCAAAAGGAGUCAGUGCUUCUCUAAUCUUCAGCUGGAAGCUUCACCAAUGGGCAGCCACUACCCCAUCUUCCUGGAGGCUCCCUCAAGCUCCGAUACCUGCUCGACCUGCACACCGAGUCCAGAGUGCUUCGGCCGCAGACACACAUGGAGCCAGUCCAGCAGAAGCCAAGGACGCUACAGUCCAUGUACAUCAAAAAGCAGUCCGGAGCCAACACACACCAGCCCAAAGCCCACACUGGUCCAGUUGCAGGAUAAACCAAGCCCCCACUCAGGCAAAACUUUUUUAAACCUGACCCCAGCCCCAGAUCAGUCCAAGCUUGUUAAAAUCCCCACCUACCAGGACUUAAUUAACCUUACCCCUGAGCAGAGCCAUACCAACACUGGGCCCAAUCAGUCCCUCACGUCCUACCAUUCAAUACUUUCUCAUACACCACCCACUUUACCCCUAACCACUGACACCCAUCACCCGAACCUGCAGGUGUCCCUGUCUCCUCCCACAAGCUCACGACCAGAUAAGAGGUUCCCUCGGCACCGGGCAGCACCUGCAGCUGACUCUGGCUUUUUUCACGGUAGCUUUACAGCCGCCCUCUCGUCAGUAGCUCCUCUCCCCUCUUUGUUCUCCUCAGCUGCUUCUGGGCUACACCCACAGCAAAUCUGGGAUUCUGCUGCUGGGCUCAACGGGAGGCCGGGUCAGAGUCAACACAGUGAAUCUCUGAUCUUGAGUGACAGGCCACCUACAGAGUUCUGCCUCUCACCCGAUACAUCUUAUGAGUCUAUGUCUAUCAGCCAUCUUCAGAGGAGAGGUUUGCUGAGGUCGGUGAGCCGGGCGGUUGAUUUGAUCAUGGCUCAUUUUGGCAGCAGCAGAGACCCUGAAGAAAAGAUGCGUCUGGGUAACAGCUCUCGCAGUCCCACAAUUGCCGGUCUUGUCCUGGAACAUUUGUGUCCAACGAUCCAGAAAAUUCUAGAGGAUGGCCUUCGGGAUCACAAACUGGAUCUCAUCGUUGGGCAGCGCCGCAACCACUCCUGGAGCGUGGUGGAAAUCUCUACAAGGAUUGGUCCAUCCACCAAGGUGCUUCAAAGCCUAGUCUCCAAAAUCAGACUAUGUCCCCAGCUCACCAGCCACUGCAUGAGACUGAGAGCCUUCAUCAUGGGCCUACUUAACUUGAGAUCUUUGGAGUUCUGGCUCAGUCACCUUCAGAGUCAAAGAGAUGUGGUGACAACAUACUACCAUUCAUGGGGAUUCCUGUCCAUGUCACUGGAUCAGUGUCAGCCCUUGUUUCAGGAGCUGCUACUUCUGCUGCAGCCGCUCUCUGUGUUGCCCUUUGACCUUAACUUGCUCCUGGAGCCCCGACUGUUACUUAACAAACAGCUGUGUUCCGAGGAGGAGGAUGUAUCUCCACCUCCACCAUGCUCAGCUCACCUAGUGACCAGCUGGCCAGUACUGCAAGCUGACAAAAAAGUAGACAGUCAGCAAACUAAGAUUUCACACCAGACUAUUCUGCAUCACAAAGAGUCUCUAAGUUCUCAGAGCUAUGCCAAGCAGGAUUGCAAAGGGAUGCAGGCCUGCAGGAGUCCACUAGGUCCUAUUCCAGAGUGGUGGCCGAAAGAAGCUGACCUAAUAGAUGGUGUGGUCGAAGGGGAGGACUGUAGCCAGAAAAAUGCAGAUACUUGGUCCCAAAUAAGUAUGGACAGCAGGCAUGAAGAAAGGAGGGGAGAGACCCCAAAUGCAUCAACUUGUGUCCAGGCUGAGAGUCCAUGUCAGGGUUGGCUUCGCUGGGCUAAACUGUUUGGAGCAGCUGAUGCAUCCACCAGGUCUGAGAUGUCUACUCAGAGUCACAUUGGAGCACAAACCAGGAGAUCCAGGCGACCAUCACAGUGGCUGCAUUUGGACAGAUCGCAACUUGGACUGUUGGCUCAAUCCAUCAGAUCAAUGAAGCUAGGAGGAGCUCAUACUGACAAGGACUCCUGAAAACUAAACUCUCUGUGCGUGGAGGACAGAGUGGACUUUAGUUAUAAGUCUUAACUGCAUGAUAAUGCAUACACAGUGUUCGAUAGCACUGUUGAACUGAUCAGAAAGCACACAAAGUACAGGAUUAACAGUUUUGGCAACGGCCCAGAUUCAUCAAGCUGCACCAGCUCUUUGUCCAUUAAUAAGUUUACUUGUCUUUUCUAUCUAUUCGUCGUCUAUCAGCAGCAAAAUAAAUCAGUUUGCAUCAUUACUACUCAAUGAAUUUUCCAGUAAAAACUAACGUAAAGUAAUGUGUGUGGAAAAAUCUGUCCUGUCAAAAGCAAUAUGUAAACAGGAAGUCGCUGUAACAUCGCAAGCUGUCACAUAAUGCCAAAAUUAACCAUUUUAGGGUUCAACCUAUAUAUUAAAGCUAACUGAAAAUCAUGUAGGUAUUAUUAUAUUUUCAUGCGUGCAUCUAACAGAUGCUAAUUAGCUAGUCAUUUAGUUUGCCGUUAGAAUAACUUUUUGGAAUUUGAGGUAAAUAUGCAGUGACAAUUAAUCUCUACAUAAGUGACUCGUUUGGUGCAACCCCGUUUUAAUUUAGUGACGCAUAAUCUCCAUUUAGUAAACACUUAGCCUACGUUAUAACUCAGCCUACUUUGAAAAUACGAACAGUUGGUGCAACCAGUUCUUGGUGUGACUGGCUGACCUUGUCUUAAAAAAGUCCCUUUUGUUCUUGUUUUAUCAGUGUACUUUUGUAAAUUUGUGCUUAUAGUAGUUAUGAGAUGAAUCCCUAUGAGUAUGGUCAUAGGAGGCUGGAUCAUUUCAACAAUAGAGCUCUUGUCCAGGAAGUAGCUUGAUGAAUUAGGGCCAAGUCUUCUAUUUGCAAUUGUACUCUGGGAUAAUUGUAAGUAGGUGCUGCCAGCUCUGUUUCCUGUCUCCUUUUAUAUUUUUAUGUAUGUGUACGUGAGUAUCAAUCACAACAUGUGAAUACUGACCUGCUGUAGACUGUUGGAUAUUCUUGUGGUGCAAAACUAUCCAGUUCUCAUAAGUCACCCUCAUUCUUAGUCUCUCCAUAGUUACCUUUACCAGAAAAAAGAGAGCAAUACACUGGUACUAGUGCCAAAUAUGCUACACAGCAGCCCCGUGGAUUGUCGAUGAUGUUUUAUGUUCAGUAGCCUAACUUGCUUUCUUGAGUGAAUUCCCAGCAUGGAUUUACUGUAGGUGCAUGAGUUAACAAACAUACAGUACAGUGCUUUAAAUCUUACUAGAUCUCUUAACUUCCUGUUAAUGUUUUUCUAGCUGUAGAGGCAGGUUUCAGACAUUUUUCUGCCGCUGAUAUUCAAAGUAUGUGGAAUAGCUUGGUAUGUCUUCCAGUGAAGUUUGUUCAGCUGCACAACUAUAAGCCACCUUGUGGCUGUUUCAGGUAUUUCAGUGUGUGUGUCAGGUAUGUUUUGAUAGACUGGAGGUUAGAUAAGACAGAGGAAAGAACAGAAAAUUCGUAAAAUAGACUCUUUUUUUUUUUAAUGUACUGCAAUAAUGUGAAGUCUAAAAUUAUUCCACCCAGCGUCAUUUUCUCAACUUCUGAAUGCUUCCUCUUAAUGCCCAGUGACAAUCAAAGUCUGUCAAAUAAAGACUUAACAUGUU